AUGGCCGCCUCAGCUCUACUCAAGAGCCGGGUCCGCCGGCCCUCGUACUUGAACAAAUUGGCCAAGGCGGAGGAUCUGAUUGACCUGUUCCCUCAUGGAUCGUACAUUGGCUGGKCUGGGUUUACCGGUGUCGGAUACCCAAAGAAAGUCCCAACAGCCCUAGCAGACCACGUCGAAAAGAACAACCUCCAAGGCCAGCUCAAAUACAGCUUGUUCGUAGGUGCCUCAUCCGGCGCUGAGACCGAGAAUCGCUGGGCCAGACUCAACAUGAUUGAGCGUCGAAGCCCUCACCAGGUCGGAAAGGAGAUUGCAAAGGGAAUCAACACCGGAAAUAUUCAGUUUUUUGACAAGCAUCUUAGCAUGUUUCCUUCUGACCUUGUCUACGGCUGGUAUACGAAAGAUCGACCUCAUAACAAGCUUGAUGUAACUGUCGUCGAAGCUACCGCCAUCACAGAAGAUGGCGGGAUUAUUCCCGGUGCAUCCGUCGGCGCAUCGCCAGAGUUGGUGCAAAUGGCGGAUAAGAUUAUCAUCGAAGUUAACACUUCAACUCCAUCGUUUGAAGGGUUGCACGAUAUCAGUCUUUCGGAUCUCCCACCACGACGCAAACCAUAUCUCAUUCUUUCGCCGGAGGAUCGCAUCGGUACGCCACACAUUCCGGUUGAUCCGGAAAAGGUUGUGGCUAUUGUCGAGUCGGACUAUCCUGAUGCCACGCAACCAAACGCGCCUGAAGAUGAGAGCUCCCGUGCGAUUGCGCGAAACUUGAUCGAGUUUUUGCAGCAUGAAGUCAAAAUGGGACGUCUUCCUCAGAACCUACUGCCUAUCCAGUCUGGUAUCGGUAAUAUUGCCAACGCAGUCAUUGGCGGUCUCAGCCACGGCGCAAACUUCCAUAACCUGAAAGUGUGGACUGAGGUGCUGCAAGACUCUUUCUUGGAUUUGUUUGACAGCGGUCACUUGGAUUUUGCGACUGCCACAUCCAUCCGAUUUUCGCCAGAUGGCUUCAAGCGAUUCUAUGAUGGCUGGGAGCGCUACGCUCCAAAACUGUUGCUCCGCUCACAACAAGUCUCUAACUCCCCAGAGAUCAUCCGCCGUCUCGGCGUUAUUGGCAUGAACACGCCUGUCGAAGUUGACAUCUACGCUCAUGCCAACAGCACCUGCGUUAUGGGCUCGCGAAUGCUCAACGGCCUCGGUGGAUCCGCUGAUUUCCUCCGAAAUGCCAAAUACAGCAUCAUGCACACUCCCAGUACCAGACCUAGCAAAACAGACCCCACAGGUGUCAGCUGUAUUGUGCCUAUGUGCACUCACGUCGACCAGACCGAGCACGAUUUAGACGUCGUAGUUACCGAACAGGGUCUCGCCGACGUGCGCGGUCUGUCGCCUCGAGAGCGUGCUCGCGUCAUUAUUGAUAAGUGUGCGCAUCCGGACUACAAGCCCAUCUUGCAAGACUACUUCGACCGGGCAGAGUUUGAGUGUCUGAAGAAGGGAAUGGGCCAUGAGCCGCAUAUGCUGUUCAAGGCAUUUAAUAUGCACAAGAAUUUUGCGGAGAAGGGGACUAUGAAGAUUGACUCGUGGGAGUAG